AUGUAUGUUUUACAAAUACAUGUUAGUACAGUGAUAACAAAUGAUUCACACAUUAUGACACACACACACACACGUGAAAUAUUUCAUACAUUUCAACGAUUCAAACGAUUCAUUUACUUCAAAAAAAAAAAGAGAGAGAGAGAGAAAGAAAGGAAAAAAAAUAUUUGCAGAACCAAGGUCAAAUGGAAACUUCGAAGACGUCUUCAAACAUCUCGUCAGGGGCUGUGAAUGCCGUCUCAGGCUCCAGUACUUCUGGGAAUACUUCGUCUACCGGUGAUAGUAGCGAUGUCUAUGAAUUUAAAAGUUCGAAAGAGCCAACACCAGUCAGGGGUGCAAGCUCAUCGCCGAAUCCUAAUCUUGAGAAAGACAAAGAUAGCAAUAAAUCUGCCGGCAAUCAAGGGAAUCAAAGUGGUAGCAACAAUGUGUCUACCGCUGGUAGUGCAACAUCUUCCGGUGAAACAACGACCGCAUCGAUUACUACCGAUGAUGCCCCUGCGAUUUCGGCGUCGCCUUCGUCUAAACGCGCGUUUGAAAGCGACAAUACAGAAGAGCAAGACGAAGAGAAUCGUCGGAAAAAGCGUAAAGAUUCAGAACCUGUGAAAGAAAACUUGAAAGGUACCACCACAGGAAGACAAAGCACUGGUAGAAAUUCCACUAAUACCGGAGAGAAGUGUACAAAAUCAGGAAAACAAGGAUCUGGAGCAACUUCGAACAAAAACAACCAAAAUACAACUUCAAUUAGUACGGACAGAAAAAGCCCAAGUGCUUCUUCAAUGGCAAGUAGUCCAAAGCCUUCAAAUCCUUCUGGUUCAACGACUAAUUCUAAAACAACUACACCAGCACCUCCAGAAUCUGAUGGUGAAGAUGAUCGAUCGAAAGGAUCAGAUUCUAAUUCAGCGCCUAAAGUACCACCUUUGAAAAUAGUUAUUCCACAAAGUACUACAUCCGAACAAGAGCAAGGGAAUAGAAACGGAAAGAGUACAUCUAACAGGAGUCACCAAUUGCCCUAUGUAGUUGCCAGUUCUAAUAGUAACGAUUCAACGGAUAAAGAACAGAAUCAAUCCACUAGUGGAACAACAAGUCCUACUGAAAGCGGAAAUACUAAAAAUGAGGAUAAAAAAGAUUUCAGCGGUGCUUUGCAUGGAGAAGAAAGAUCAAUGCAUCACCAGAGAGUGCUAAGAAGUUCGCAUAGAUCCGGUAAUGGCGGUAACGGAUCAGCGACAUUGAAGGAAAAUUCUUCUACAGGCAACGGAAAUUAUUCGAACUCGUCUCCGCUACCAGUAACUACUUCAACGGAUCGUUCCAACAAUUUGUCACCUCAACAAAGACAUCAUUCACCGACGCCUGAAACUUCUGGUUCUGAAACGAAUAAAAAUACUUCGACAGAAGUUUCAAAUAGUGGCACGACUUCAAAGACAAACAUUGUAGCAGAAAAAUCAGAAAAAAACAACGAAACUAGUGGAAAGUGUCAAAAAGAUAACGGAGCAGAAAAUUCUGAAAAUACUUCUACUACUACCUCAUCGACGACAUCAAAUAUAGGUGCUUCUGCGCCACCUGUUGAACUUCAUCCUAGAAAAAGAAAAAUGAAACCUAAUAAAGAAGCACAACAAGCUGCUACAGCUGCCUCUAACGAAGCAUCGGAAGCAACGAAUACGGGUCCAGAGGUUCAUCCACAUGAUCAGCCGAUUACUAAUUGUUACCAAUUAUUUUUAAAUAUUAGAAAACAGAUCGAACGAAGGAGGAAAGGCCUUUUUCCAGUUCAACCAAAACCACCUCAGGGUUUCAAAGAUUAUUUAAUGAAUCGUUGUACAUACGUGUUAGCUGGGAAUGCAAAUAAGGAGCCCAAUGUUAAUCCUCCGGUCGGAUUGCAAGGCGCUAUGAAAGACUUGUAUAUUGAACAAGAAAAAGAGAGAUAUCGUCUUAGAAUGCAACAUGUUGUUGAAAAAGAAAAAUUAGUUUUAUCUGUGGAACAAGAAAUUCUUAGAGUACAUGGUAGAGCUGCUAGAGCUCUAGCCAAUCAAUCCCUUCCCUUCUCUGUUUGUACAAUAUUAAAAGAUGAAGAAGUUUAUAAUGUUAUUACUCCAGAACAGGAAGAGAAAGAUAGAAAUGCAAGGAGUAGAUAUAAUGGUAGAUUAUUUUUGAGUUGGUUACAAGAUGUAGAUGAUAAAUGGGAAAAAAUUAAGGAAGCAAUGUUACUGAGGCAUCACAAUGAAGCUGAAUCAUUACAUGCCGUACAAAAGAUGGAUUGGGAAUGGAAAUUAAAAGAAGUUGGAUUAUGUGAAUUUAAAGCAACACCUCAAAUAGAAGAUAUUCAUGUUCCAAUGGUACAUAUUUCAGAUGACUUUGAUUUGCUCCCAGCUUAG